UAUUUAAAAGUAAACAUUAGCGCGCGUAAUAUAUAGUCAACUUCGAAAAAACGUUUUAAAAAGCUAAAAAAUGAAACAAAUUUUGUUGUGGUGUUUUCUUUUAGUUUCUGUUAAUGGAAAAAUAUUCAGCAAUUUAAAAACAGAAAAAAUUUGCGAAAUUCCAAAAGAUAUUGAUUUCCCAGAAUGUGAAAAUAAAGUUUUGUGGAUGAAAGCUAAUUGGAAAACAAAUCCAUUGUAUAUAGCGAAUGGAGUUGACGGUUCCCUUUGUUCAAUAAUAAAUUAUUUGAGUGAGGUUGAAACAAUUUGUCCUUGCUCCGUACCUAAUGACGAAAGCUAUCUAUCAUGUAACGCAAGUGCAUUGUGGAUGAAAAAUAAUUGGAAAUUUAAUUCAGUUUAUAAAAUGUAUGGAGUUGAUGGAUCGAUGUGUUCAAUACUUUACCAUAUUAGUCAGAUCGAAAAAAAAUGUCCGAAAGAAAAUUGUAGAAUUGUAAACAACCACAUCUUUCCACUGUGCAAAAAGAGAGUACUGUGGAUGCAAGCGUAUUGGAAAACAAAUCCGAUUUAUAAGUUAAAAGGAGUCGAUGGAAGCAAGUGUUCAAUAGUCAAUUACCUCAGUAAAGUUGAAAAAGUUUGCCCAUGUAAUACACCUAACCACCCAUUAUGUCAAGAUAGAAUCUUGGAAAUGGUAACAAACUCAAAUUGGAAAAGAGUACCUUUCUAUAUUGAACGUGGGUACGAUGGCAGUUUAUGUUCUAUUCUUUCCUGGUUAACUAAGGUUGAAAAAAUAUGCCCAUUGCUGUAAACAAAUCCGAUAUUCUACAACCCGUUGUUCUUAAAUCAGGAACAUUAUGGUGAUUAUCAACAGUAGCUGAAAGUGCAAUAGUAGUACGAACAAUGGCAAAUAUUGAUUCGAAAUACAUUCUUGCUUCUGAACAAUGGUAGAUGUUGAUUUGAAAUUGUAUUAAUUGUAUUUUAUGAGUUUUUUGUUGAAAGUAUUUUUUCUUUA